CACGCAGAGCCCGUCAUUGUCCACACAGCGCUGAGAGCGGAGCGGCUCCUCCAUGCUGCUCUUGUCUUUCUGUGUCCGAAACCUGUUCAGUUUUCCUUCUUAAACGCUCAGAUCUGCAGGCAGUACAACAGCAGAGGACUACUGAAUUAUGAAGCAGUGUUCCAGCGGACCCUCCCUCUCAAGCUCUAGUUGCCACACUCAAUGCUGCUCCCAGGCUUGUCGGUUUUGCUGUUGGUAGCUCUUUGGCUGGGUCUCUCAGAAAGAAGAAAAGGAGAGUUCACAAUUCAUAUCAGCUGUUGUCUGGGCACAUAUGGUGCAUUGCUGCCAUUCCCAAGCCUGCAUCCCCAAGGCUCAGCCUCUUGCUAGCCUGCGGUGCACAUAGGACCUGGCCUCAAAUUGGAUAUUAAUACAUUUAGUGGGUUUUUUUUUUUUUUGUGUUUGUUUGUUUGGUGUUUGAGGAAGGCGUGGCGUCAGGCAGUAAAGGUCUUUUAGUUUAGUUUUUCACCCCACUGCCUCUGAGGUGGUGGUAGAACAACAUACGCCAUGGAGCCCAAUAUGGAGUACUGUUUGGCACAAGUGCUGCAGAAGGAUGUGGGCCGAAGGCUGCAGGUGGGUCAGGAGCUCAUCGACUACAUCAGUGAUGGAGACAAGUCCCAUGAUCUGGAGCAGGACCAGACCGCACUAGAUAAAAUGGUGGAUGGCCUUGCCACCUCCUGGGUCAACUCCAGCAACUUCAAGUUGGCUCUGCUGGGAAUGGACAUUUUGUCUGCUUUAGUGACAAGAUUGCAAGAUCGUUUUCGGACCCAAGUUGGAACAGUUUUACCUAGCUUGAUUGAUCGAUUAGGCGAUGCCAAAGAUCAAGUCAGAGACCAGGACCAGACGCUGCUGCUGAAGAUCAUGGACCAGACAGCUAACCCCCAGUAUGUUUGGGACAGAAUGCUGGGAGGAUUUAAACACAAAAACAACAGGACCAGGGAAGGAGUCUGUCUUUGUCUCAUUGCAACACUAAACACAUAUGGUGCCCAGGGCUUAACCCUUAGCAAAAUUGUACCACAUAUAUGUAAUCUUCUAGGAGACCCCACAAGUCAGGUGAGGGACAGUGCCAUGAAUUGCCUUGUGGAGAUAUAUAGACAUGUUGGAGAGAGGGUCAGAGUGGACCUCAGCAAAAAAGGAUUGCCACAAUCACGAUUGAAUGUAAUUUUCAGCAGAUUUGAUGAAGUCCAAAGAUCUGGGAACAUGAUCCUCUCUUCUGGCUCAGAUAAGAAUUUUGAUGAUGAGGACUCUGUGGACGGGGGCAGAUCUUCAUCUUCCUCCUCCUCUAAAGGCUUCUCCAGCAGCAGACGAGGAGGCAGCAUGGGCUCCAUGAGACGCCCCAGCUCAGCCUCCGGGCCCAGGGCUGCAGGGAAGGAGGGAGCCAGUGCAGGAGCUGUUGAUGAGGAAGACUUCAUCAAGGCUUUUGAAGAUGUUCCUGCUGUGCAGAUCUAUUCCAAUAGGGAAUUGGAGGACUCUAUGACUAAGAUUCGUGAGGUGCUGUCAGAUGACAAACAUGACUGGGAGCACAGAGUUGCUGCUCUGAAGAAAGUGCGGUCGCUGAUCCUGGCUGGAGCAACGGAACAUGAAGGUUUUCCUCAACAGCUCAGACUUUUGGAAGGUGCCUUCAAGCUCUCUGCAAAAGACUUGCGAUCACAAGUCGUCCGGGAGGCAUGCAUCACCCUUGGGCAUCUUUCCUCAGUGUUGGGGAACAAAUUUGACCAUGGAGCAGAGACUAUAAUGCCUACGCUGCUUAAUCUUGUGCCCAACAGCGCCAAAGUCAUGGCCACAUCAGGCGUGGCUGUCAUCCGCCUCAUCUUACGACAUACACACUAUCCUCGUCUCAUCCCAAUAAUCACCAGUAACUGUACGUCUAAGUCAGUGGCUGUUCGAAGACGGUGUUAUGAAUUUUUAGACCUGUUAUUGCAGGAGUGGCAGACAAAUACACUAGAGAGACAUGUCGCAGUUCUCACGGAGACCAUCAAAAAAGGGAUCCAUGAUGCUGAUUCGGAGGCCAGAUCUGUAGCAAGAAAAUGUUAUUGGGGAUUCCAUGGCCACUACAGCCGAGAGGCGGAGCACCUGUUUCAGGCUCUGGAGUCUUCCUAUCAGAAAGCCCUCCAGUCUCACUUAAAGAGUUCUGACAGCAUAGUGUCGCUGCCUCAAUCAGACCGUUCCUCUUCUAGCUCACAGGAGAGCCUCAAUCGGCCGCUGUCUGUGAAGAGCGUUAUAGGAGGCAGCAUGACCAGAAGUAAGGUUGUGAGCUCCAGAGUUCCCUCCACGCCCAGCUCCCUCCAGCGUUCUCGCAGUGACAUUGAUGUGAAUGCUGCCGCCAGUGCCAAGUCCCGCAUGUCCACCAUGCCUUCACCUUCCCCCUUCAGCUCUGCUGCAGCCCUGCCUCCAGGAUCCUAUGCCUCCCUGGAUGGUACACCUGGUAAAAUAGAUGGUCGUGUGCGCACAAGACGACAGAGCUCUGGCAGUGCUGUUGGUUCUAACACUACAGUAACAGACAGCCGAGGCCGAAGCAGAGCUAAAGUGGUGUCUCAGUCUCAGCGAUCCAGAUCAGCUAAUCCCACUGGUGCUGGUAGCCGUUCCAGUUCCCCUGGAAAGCUCCUGGGACACACAUAUGGCAGAAUCCCACGGGCCACUGCCAUGGCUACACCAACUGACAAGCGCACAAGGGUCCCAAGAAGCCAGGGCUGCAGCCGAGAGACCAGCCCUAGUAGGCUGGGCUUAGCCAGGCUCUGUGGUAAAGCUCUUCUUCCUGCUGCUUCUCCUUACCGCACGCUAGCCCGGAGCAGCCGCAUCCCCCGCCCCAGCAUGAGUCAGGGGUGCAGCCGUGACACCAGUCGCGAGAGCAGCCGUGAUACCAGCCCCGCUCGGGGCUUCACUCCUCUGGCCUCCCGACGCCACUCUCGCUCCACCAGUGCGCUGUCCACGGCAGACCCCGUGGGCCAGUCAGAUCGGUUUGGGCUAAUCCACCAGGCCCGUAUUUCUGCCUCUGUCAAUGCCAUGAGAGUUCUGAACACAGGGACAGAGGUUGAAGCUGCUGUGGCUGAUGCACUGCUGUUAGGAGACUCCAGGAAUAAGCGCAAGCCUAUGAGGCGGCGGUAUGAGUCUCCAGGGAUGUAUUCAGAUGAUGAUGCCAACAGUGAUGCAUCCAGUGCUUGUUCUGAGCGCUCGUAUGGCUCACGGAAUGGUGGUAUCCCGCACUACUUACGACAGACGGAGGAUGUUGCAGAGGUGUUGAACCACUGUGCCAGCUCCAAUUGGUCUGAGAGGAAGGAGGGUCUUCUGGGCCUGCAGAACUUGCUCAAAAGCCAGCGUGUUCUUAGCCGAGUGGAGCUGAAAAGAUUAUGUGAGAUCUUCACCAGGAUGUUUGCAGAUCCUCACAGCAAGAGAGUGUUCAGCAUGUUCUUGGAGACUCUAGUAGACUUCAUUACUGUUCACAGAGAGGAUCUGCAGGACUGGCUUUUUGUUCUGCUCACUCAGCUACUUAAGAAGAUGGGUGCUGAUCUCUUGGGCUCAGUUCAGGCUAAAGUGCAGAAGGCUCUGGAUGUCACUCGUGAGUCAUUCCCAUUUGACCAGCAAUUUAACAUCCUUAUGAGGUUUAUUGUUGAUCAAACUCAGACUCCGAAUUUGAAGGUGAAAGUGGCUAUCCUGAAGUAUAUUGAGUCUUUGGCAAGGCAGAUGGACCCUGCAGACUUUGUGAAUUCCAGUGAGACAAGAUUAGCUGUGUCCCGUAUCAUUACCUGGACCACAGAACCCAAAAGCUCUGAUGUCAGAAAGACCCUUCAUAACUGGGCGAGUGAGGACUUUUCAGGCAGGCCCAGCACUGCAGCCCUGCUGCCUGGAGAGGGUAACCUGGAGGAAAGGUGUAAGCAGGCUGCCCAGGUGGUGCUGAUCUCUCUUUUUGAGCUGAACACGCCUGAGUUCACCAUGCUCCUGGGAGCUCUGCCCAAAACAUUUCAGGAUGGAACCACCAAGCUCCUGCACAGCCACCUGAAGAACUCCAGCAACACCAGUGGAGUGAGUUCCCCGAGCAGCACAAUGGGGCGUACACAACCCAGGCACCCAUCCAGCAGGACCAGUCCCCUCACUUCCCCCACAAACUGCUCCCACGGUGGACUUUCACCCAGUCGAUUGUGGGGUUGGAGUGUCGAUGGGUUCUCAAAGCACCCAGCUCCCCCUCCUCCUCCGUCUCACCCCUCCCUCAGGGCCCUCCGCUGCGCACUGUCACCCAGCAUGUUGGAGUAUGACACUGAGAAUAUGAAUUCUGAUGAGAUCUAUAGUUCUCUACGUGGUGUAACAGAAGCCAUCCAGAGCUUUAGCUACCGCAGCCAAGAAGAUCUUAAUGAACCAAUCAGACGUGAAGGCAAGAAGGAUGAUGCGGUUGGCAGGGAAGCAGCAUCUCCAGGCUCCGAUUCUCGGUUAGGUUUGGAUAUAGUCGAAGGAGGCCGCACUGCCUUGGAUAAUAAGACGUCCCUGCUCAACACGCCCUCUCCUCGUGCUUUUGCUGGGCCAAGAACACGCGAGUUUGCACCCUACGGAUAUGGAGACACUAUUGGUGGUUACGAUAAAAGUGCUCUCAAAGAGGCCGUGUUUGACGAUGAUGUGGAGCAGUUCCGUGAUUGCCGUCGGCAGGAGUGUGGUGAAAACAAGAUGGUGCUCCACAAGGGCUUUGCUCCUGAUCUGGUGGCAGACCUGCUGAAAGAGCUGUCCAAUCACAAUGAGCGAGUGGAAGAGAGAAAAGGGGCUUUAGUGGAGCUACUGAAGAUCACACGGGAGGACAGCAUGGCUGUGUGGGAUGAACACUUUAAAACCAUCCUGUUGCUGUUGCUAGAAACACUUGGAGACAAAGAUCACACCAUCCGGGCUCUAGCUCUGCGUGUCCUGAAGGAGAUCCUAAGGAGUCAGCCGGCACGCUUUAAGAACUAUGCAGAACUCACAAUCAUGAAGACACUAGAAGCUCACAAAGACUCUCACAAGGAGGUUGUAAGGGCUGCUGAAGAGUCUGCCUCCACCCUAGCUGGUUCCAUCCAUCCAGAGCAGUGCAUCAAGGUUCUGUGUCCAAUUGUACAGACUGCAGACUACCCCAUCAACUUGGCGGCUAUCAAAAUGCAAACUAAAGUCAUCGAACGCAUAGCCAAGGAAUCCCUCCAUCAACUGCUGCCAGACAUCAUUCCUGGACUCUUACAAGGCUAUGACAACACUGAGAGCAGUGUUCGCAAGGCCAGUGUGUUCUGCCUGGUGGCCAUCUACUCUGUGAUCGGUGAGGAGCUCAAGCCCCACCUGGCGCAGCUGACGGGAAGUAAGAUGAAGCUGCUGAACCUGUACAUCAAAAGAGCCCAGACCACCAACAGCAACAGCAGCAGCUCCUCUGAUGUGUCGUCCCACAGCUAACCCGAUUUUAGGGGACAUGCUCAUCAGUGCCCUGCAAUCACCAGUGGGAACUUAGUUGUGCCUCCUUCAGACCUCUUUGUUCCUCUUUAUCUCCUGUUGUUUUCCUGGAUAUUUCCAGGGAAGACAUUUUGCCCAGUUUGGUUUUUGUUUCCUUUAUUUCUUUUCUGAAUGUAAAAAAGUGUGAACUGAGAAAGAGAAAUGUUUUUCUUUUCCAGUGCGUUAUUAGGGAUCAGAUCUUCCUUGACUGGCAUCACCUUCUAGGUUGUUUUUUUUUUUGUUUGUUUGUUUGUUUGUUUGUUUGUUUUUUUGAAGCAUAGACUUUCUUCAUCUCUGAAGAAAUGAUUUAAGACUUGAUAUUUAAAAUUAAUAAUGUGGUCUUUUUCAAAUCUAUAGUGUUUGCAAUACUUACAUUGUUGUUUGUUGCUUAAUGGAGUUUUACAAGAACAUUUGGGGCGUUUUGAAUGGGAACAGUUGUGUAGGUCGAAAAUGUCACUUGAAUCUCAGUUAGUGGUAGAGGAUCAUUUGGCUGGCCGAGUGAUUUAAAUGUGAUCAUAAACAGGAUAUAGAGUCGUUUUAAGGUUAAGGCAAAAUGAGAACCAAAAAAAUUUAAGACUAAAUGUAGAAAUUUAUUUGUAUCAAAAUGACAUGCCACUAGAUCUGCACACCUUACAACACAGAAAAUAUUGUGGAGGAACUUUUAUCUUUGAAUUUUAUGUUUUAUGUUCAUCAUUGAAGGCUGUGGAGUAAAGGCUGUUUAAAGUCUGUGGAUUUGUAUAAUUUUGAGUUGCUUUGCUUUAUAAAGAUUUUAAAUAGCUUUUUAGUUUUUAUGGUAAAUUAUGCCCAGAUGUAGUGGCACAAAACCACACCUGAGAACAAGGACAAGCUACUGGAUGAAGUAUGUUUCUAAUAGAGCCAUCCCAGGAUUUUGCAUAACUGUUCAUGAAAUUCAGCACAAAUUUUCUCCAGUCAGUGGCUCAGGAUUUAUGAUAGCAGUUGAUUACUGGCCACUAUUGCCACAGCUGUGAUGUCCAAUCAAAUAACGAAUGUGCUCACAUGAAAAUUAGCAAAUUUCAUCAGUCUUAUUUCCUCCAGGAUCACGAGUCAUUAAACUAUUUAAUCACACUGAAAACUCCAUAUGACAUAUUUUAUGUCCAGAAGUGAAGCAAAUGCAAUCAAAGGACUGAUGUUCUGACCUGCUGAGAUCUGUUACAUUGGUACAUUCACAUUUUACUGGCAGCAGAUAUCCAAAAUACUACUUUUAGUGUAUAUAUGCAACUUGACUCAAUUUCUACAAAAUAGUAAUGAAAGCCACGGUGUAAAGAGCAUCACAGAAUCCUGGGUGGAGCUACAUUACAUGAACACAGAUGUUAAAAGAAGCCCUCUUUGUUUUGGAAAAAAAGACAAUCUGAAAUGUAAAUCAGUGAAAAAGGUUGAAGUGUUGGGGGGAAAAAAAAAAGUUGUAGUGAUGGAAAAAAUCAUUUAUGGGGUGUUACAAAAAUCAAAUUCAUUUCAGGCACGAACGUUUACAGGUGCUUCACGUUGCAUUGAAAGAAAUGAGCGGAACUUGACAAGCAGGGAAGCAAACCUGAAACUCUGAAAGUCUGUAUGUCCCUGAAUCACAGUGGCACUGAAUCCUAAACCUAGUCCAGAACUCUAAAAUCUGUAAUGACCUUGCUGCUUACAAUAAAUAUGUAGACUCUGGUGGACAUCCUCCAACUGUCAGUGGUUUUGAGGGACACGUGGAUAGUGACAGAAAUGUCGAACACUACCAUGCCUUAUGUUCUCUUUUCUCAUAGUACGUUUUGACCACUACGACGGAUGCUUACGAGUGUGCACUCUGACUGAAAUGUGAAUAUGUGCUAUAGAUGCAGUGCCUGUGUCUGUGGCGCCAUGAAAUCCCUCCAAAUUGGCUCCCAAAGAAAUGAACUUUAAAUACCAUGUUACAUUGUUGACUGUCUGAACUUUUCACCUUUCCUUCUGCAGCUUUUGCUGUCAGAUGCUUUUUUUUUGUACAUAAAUUUCCACCGUUGCUUUGCAGUUGUCACGAAGAAGAGCAAAAAUACUUGGGUUUUGCACUCUUUUGCACGUUAGCAAAUAGCCUGCAUGUUUUGGAACUUGACCAUCUUGCGGUGCAGCGACUGGCCUUGUUGCUGUUUUAGAGAACUCGCCUCCUGAGUAGCGUGGUCAGUCUGUAAAUACAGUAUUAUUCUUUUCCCCACGAGAGGAGGCAGCUGAGUACCGAAAUUUAAACAGGGCUUAACCAGUCGACCAAAACUUCAUCUGUCUGUUUCUCCAUAAACAAAACCGUUAUACAGUUUGAGGGCAGGCGCUGAAGGCAUCCUAGUUUCCAUGUUGUACUACAUUUUGGGGCAUGUGGCUUUUACAAAGGUACACUACGUGUGCGUGCCUUGGUAGUAUGCAGCUUUUCUUUGUUGAGUGGCCAUGAACUGAUUCCAGCCAUGGACCAUGCAAGACUUUUUAAUAUUGUUUGAACUGGGGCCAAUUGAAUAAGAAGCCAACUAUGAGGUUUAACACUGCAAGUAUUAGCUUUAAGUCCUUCUUGAUAAUCUGUGGAAAUGUGGGGGCCACAAAAAAGUAUUCCAGUUGUCCUCUGUGUGUUACAACUUUGUUUUGUCAUGUACCGCUCAUAUCUGUAUUUAUACAUUUAUUUUCUUUUAUCAUGACACCUGUACAGUUGUUUUCCUCCUUUCUUUUUAAGGGCCACGUGUGAUAGAUUUGCUGCAACCUAAGUCUGUUUGCCCUAGAAAUAAACCAACCUGAAAGUUUAUUAA